AUGGCCGAUACGCUAAAGGCAUGGCUGCGUACGAGGCUGGGUAUAAUAAUAGAUCUCACCCCUGAGAUGUUCGGUCAUUACGCCAGAGACGGCACCUUGUUGGCCCAUAUCCUGCACAGUUACGAUAUAAUAAGCAAAAAUCAAUUAAGUACCAUCCUUCGCACGCACGACCCGGCUCUGUGCAGGGUGAACCUGAAGACUCUACGAAUCUGGUUGCAGCUCAUCAACGUUACUCUGAGCGAUGAAUGUAUCAACGAGAUUUCUAAAGGUAAAGGUGCAGCAGCUCUUCAACUCUAUUACAAGGUUUACCUGAGUCUUGAAGGUAAGGAUCGACUGCAUUUCAUCGCUCUUCAGAAAGAGCGAAAAUAUAUGCCGAGCAGGUUCGACGUCUCUAAAGUAUCUGAAGAGCCACCAUCCUACCACCCACCCGAACAUCCUCUUUCGCACCCGUUAAUUGAAGCGGCCGAUACCGUUUUCUGGCACAAGAGUAAAUUUUGGGCGAUUACGCAAGCCUGCAAACUAGAACGUCAACGAUUCGAAGCUCUCAUGAGAUAUCCUGUAAUAAUUGAACCGCUCGAGCAUUUCAUUUUGAAAGAGUUAGCGGUCGAGAAAAAGACGGAGAGUGAGAUAUUGGAUGAGUUUGCUUGCAAGCAUUCACCUCCCAAGAUAAAGAAGAAAUACCGCGUGAUCACAUGUUGUCCAGAAAAAAAAAUUUUGGAUAUACCCAGUGUCGAGGAUCUUGCGACCGCUGCAAAAUAUACCGACUUCUUGAAGAAGCGCAGUGAAAAAGCGGCUAAAUCUCACGCAUUCACGAUGAAGAUACAAACGACGAUGAUGACAGAGGCUUGGGAGGGAUUGCUGAGGAAACAAGAUAGGUCUUUCGACGAAGCUCUCGGCAGGCGAGUGCUAGAUCAGUCGCGCUACGAAAAACAGAUGAUGAGGAAGCUGUGCGAGGUGCGAGAUUUGAGGAAUAGAAUCAUAGAAAAUCGUAGCCUCGUUGACGCGAUGUUACUGAAGGCUAGGGAGAAUGAACUGCGAUUGAAGGAGGAUCAUCAUCGAGAGAUGAUGAAAGAGGAGAUAGACGGUGUAAAAAUGGAAGAUUGUAGAAUGCGCGAACUUCGUUGGAGAAUUCGCGAGGAGAAGAUGCGCCGAAUAAGAGAGAAACAUCAAAGCAUUUGUUUGGAAAUUAUGGAAGAUCUCGCGGAUAUUGCAGUAAAGAUGGCUGACUAUCGUCAGGCAAAGAACAAUCAUAUUCCUGAUUUUAUUUGGAAUGAAUGCAAAACGGCGUUCUUGAGAAAUCAGCCGAUAUUCGAAUUCAUGGACAACCAUUUCGAUAAUGUCGAACAGAUAGAAGAUCUAGUUGAGCAAGAACUAGAACGUCAGCAAUCUUUGACUGAUACAGACUUUGAGAGUUAUCGAGAUUUAAGCUCACCCUGGGAUCAAUUCGUGUCGAAGGAAGAAAAAAAAGACGAAGAAGUUGUCAGGCUGGGUUGCAUUGUGCUUGGUUACGUCGUUCAUCGGUUAUUAGAAAUCUUAUAUCCUUAUUCGAAUGGAACAGCGAGUUGUGCAGUACGAAGAGUUAAAGUUGCAGCCGUUAUCUCGGGGAUAAUAAAUCCAAUCUUGCACGAACAGUUGCGGGAAUUGCUGAAAAACAAUGGAAUCCGUUUGUUGACAAUGGAAGAUGCGAUUAAUCAUUGUUUAGAGAGAUACAAGCAGGAAAUGGCUGAUGUAGAGUAUAUUGAUUUAAAUAUCGUCUCGACGACGACAAGAGAUAUUAAAAAAUUACAGACCAAGAACAAAAAUGACAAUUCAAAGGACCGUCAGAAAAAGAUCGAAAGAACACCGAAGAUGGCAACAUUCCAGAAGAACUCAGCUGAUGAGAAACAAACGCAGACACCUAGGCAAAUACCUUAUGACGAUAUGCAUCCGGUUUUAAGCGACACCGCGUAUAUAGGCAAAUGGACUUACGAAUUUCUCACGUUGGGUGAACCGAUUUCCGAUGAAUUAAAUACAAAAAUAUUAAUUGAAUAUCUAAGAGGAAUUGAAGACGACGAAGGUUGGGCGUUAAUAAAUUAUCCUAAUACGUAUAAGCAGAUGGCAAUGUUGGAGAAAGCGUUGACUGGACGCAAGAUUCCUCCCGAUCCUAAAAUUAUCAAUUUUGCGGAUGUCAACAUGGAGGAAAUUGAUCUUCCAUCAGCCAGAAUUGUAUUUGAGGGUGAUAAAGACACAUUUGCGAUAUACAGGCAGUCUAGAUUGUUGCCGAAUCCAAUUUCCAGAAUAAAAGAGAACUCCUCAACGACGUUUAUGACAAUCUAUAUCAAGGCAAUGUUAAAGCCAAAGACAAUAGAUUUCCCAGAUCUACCGUGUAUAGUUUUACCGGACGAUGCUACGUCGAUAGACGAAUAUUAUGCUAAUGAAAAUGUCGCAUAUGGAUUUUUUUACAACGUUCUCGAUUAUUCGACCUUGAAACAGUUGGCUGAAUUUAUCGCGGUUCAGACUCCCAGAAAGCAAUUAGAAGAAAAGAUUUCACAGGCAUAUCAUGAUAAACAGAAAUUUCCAGAGACAGUUGUUAUUAAAUGCUUGAUACCGAAAUCUAAGUGGGAAACCUUGAAGUACGAAGAGAAGAAAGAUAUCGAAGCUGAGAAUAGCGAUCUACAACCGGAAAUUCAAACGCAAUUAGCAAACAGUCAUGUUAGACCUGGAGAAGACGAUUGGCAAUGGAUAAAUUUCUUCCAACCGCCAGAUUUAUUCGAAAUCUUGGCUACAUUCUGGGAGAGUAUAGAAGAUGCUUACGUCGAAAAUCUAAAGAAAAUUCUCUCUUUGAAGAGAAUGCACAAGUCGGCCGUUAUGCCCUAUAAAAAUCUCGUCCUGAGAAAUUUGACGAAAUUUGUCGAACGCCCCGACAAACGGCAAGUCUUACUGCAAGAUUUUCAACGCGCUUUUAAUGAAAUUGAUGAGGACCUCAGGGAUGAUUCCGAUAUGAAAUGCGAGCUGCACUGUCGAGUUGACGAUUUUCGGAUGGAAUUAUGGAAUUUGUGUGACGCGCGAAGGCACGAAGCUGAAGAAGAAAGGAAACGUACCCUGCAGAGUGAAUGGAUUCCGGUGGAAACCGUGGUUCUGGUCAACGUGUACAUCGAAAUCUUGCAAGCGGAAAUCGACAGAUUUGUCGACACUAUGCAGCUUCUGCAAGAUUACUAUACUUCCAUGUCGCAGAAACCUCUGCAGGAACCGCGAUUCUCCAAGAUCGUCCUCGAGCACGUCGCGUUGGCGAAUAUCGUUGAGAAAACCUCAUUAUUUGAAGAUAAAGAGCAAGAGCUGUCAACGAUUGAAUCGAUUAACCCUUCCGCGAGAGACAUAAAUAUGGACCAAUUUAAAACUGAGAUCGAAAUUUUGCUGAUCGAUACAUCGAAGAGCUUUGAUCCUGAUCAAAGUAUCAUUUAUAACAUUAUUAAGGAUAAUAUUCAACAAGUGCGGAAUGUCGUGAAUUCCAUCUCGUCCAUGAUAUUGGAGACGCUGCAGAAGGAAGAAAAAGCCGCAAUUCCAAAGACUGAUAUUAAAAACAAAAGUAUCAAAAACGCAUCGUCCGAUUCAAUGUUUGAUAAACUAGCGAGAAGAAAUCGCGAUCUAAUCGAGGAAUGGCGAUACGCCGUUUUGUUUGAGAUCGAUCGUAUUAAUCAAAGAUUGGAUGUGCUGGGCACGGCCGCUCGAUUCGACUUAAUUUUUCUUUUCGACACUAUGAAAGAGGCUUUCCACAACAUUUACCAUUACAUCAUUGAAAGAUACAAACGCGAAUUGGAAAGUAUCAACGAAAUGGCGAACGUUUUUUGCUUCGCCAUCGAAGAGGAAAGACCGAUUCAACAGGAAUUACUAUUAGACGGCGAUCAGUUUGUCGUCAGACCAGACGUUUUGAUGUUUCCCGAAGAUCCCAAGCGAUUUGCUACCCCGAUCGAAGAAGUUCCUUCACCUCUGCGAUUUCGAAUAGUUCAACUCGGCCGAUUGAUAGACAUUUUCCGACGAAUCGCUCCGCACGGAAUCAUAAGCGAGCGCGUCCUCAUUUAUAUUCUUCAGGAUCUGGUAUCCUGCGGCGAAGAAGACUGUUAUCCGUCCUUCGUGCCAUGCGCCUGGCAACAACUGCACCCUCCGGAUAUCGAGAAAUUGAUCGAAGGACUAUUCGGCGCUACAGAAUACAUUGAGUGGCGAGAAUUCAUCGUAUAUGCGAUGGAUCUGCCUAUGCCAUCGCAUCAAGAUAUCUUGAAGGCGCGAAUGGCUUUUAGAAUGCAGGAUCCUGAUCUAAAGGAGACAAUUACCCGCGACCAGUUCCAUUCUACGCCGUUAUGGUUCCUUGAAAUUUCUACCUUUCACGAGAAAUUAUCGGAGGAGGAGGUCGAUUACAACGAGAUAAUGAAUAUAAUGUUACGUGAGGAAGUUCGAUUAGGCAAGCGCAUUUCGAAUGCGAAGAGCAACUUUAUAGAAACGAGUGAGGAUAAUUCGAGAGCGAUACUGAGACUGACGCUGGCAAAGGAACUUAUCUGCCGAAUGUAUCUGGUAAAUCGAAACACAAUCCAUUAUACCGCAAUGUUGUUGGCUUUUUGCAAGGACAAGGAUCCUCACGAAGGUCUCGGAAAAGCGUUUACUCUUGCUAUGGGUGCCAGAGUUUGUACCGAUGCGGUAGAAGGUGAGAAAUACGUUGACGAGCUCAUUGAGAAGAAGCGCCGUGAGAAGGAAUUGCAAUUAAGUAAAGAAUAUCUUCAUGAGCAAGCUAAUGAAGUAGUGCGAGAAAUUAUCAAUCACAUAAUGAAUAGAAUGGCAAAGGCUAUCGACGUGCUCGAAAAAAUUUACGAUCAUGAUCUAACUCCGAAACGAUUAAUGAUACAGCAGUUAAAUGAGCAUUUGGACGAGAUAGAUCCGGCUGAGCUUUUGCCACCGGAAGAAAUAGCGGAACACUUAGUUAUAGAAGAUUUGUCGGUCAUUGAUGAACAAGAAUACGAGCCGUAUUUGGCACCAGUUUCGCCAGCUGUUGAAACAUUCGAAGAUUACGAUAUAAUCGGACGAGAUGAAGAAAUGAUCUUUUGGCUGCCACGGAAUGUUUGUCUGACAGUUUUGUCUACGUGUUUACCAUGGCUUGCACAGCAACCGAAACUUUUUGAUUCGUUUACGAGUCUUCGCAAAGAAAUAGAGCGCGUAUACGACGAAUUGAGAGAUGAGGAACUAAACGAUGAUAAAGAUCUCGUUUUAUCUCAUCGUUUAUUAAAUCACAAUUUUAUUCACGAAUUACUCUACGCUUCUAGCAACAUGGAGCUCGAAUCUCGCGAAUCGGAAUGCGGGCAGACUAUUGCCAAUUCGUGUAUAUGUAUAUUGACAGCGGUUGCGAACGGUGUUGAAGGCAUUUGGCGACGAGACACUCAAGUGAACGAAACGUUAUGGAAGUUCCGGCAGCUCCGCGCUACAGCUGCAACAUCUGCGAACUUUGCGAUUACUUCGUCACCGAUGCGGAAAUACUCGCCAACUCCAAGAGCUAGAUAG